AUGUUAAAUCAAAUCCCUAUCGAAUUUAAUUCAGACUAAGACGAAUUUCAUCAAUGUAAUCCAAGCAAAAGUGAUUCCACGGCAACUCCAAGUUUAUUCGAUAACACUAUUUCAUCUAAAGUCCUCUGUUCUUAACUUUUUGAGGAUCAUCUCAAUUAAGAUGAAGAUGAUGAAUUCGAAUCUUUAAAUAAGUAACUCUAGGGUGUCUUACUGACAGACAAUUAUCGACCCUCAUUGAUACAAGCUUUCUAGACUGACAUGUACAAGUCCUCAUAUUUGACCCAUGAAAAGCUCACAAAGAAUUCAAGGAGAAUGUAAUAAGAGUAUGAGUAAGCCAAUAAUAAAGAAAGGGAAUAUGUCUUCAACACUUAUAUAAAAAAUAAUAUAGUUAAUCUCAGUUUAGACAAGUAUUAGCAUUACAUAUUGGAGAAAAUAAUAGAAAUAGGACCAAUUAAUUUUAGAAACAUUAUUUUAGAUUAAAUGUUUACUUUCAUCAAGAAAUUAGUCACUGAUCUUCAUGCUUGUAAGGUUAUUUAGAAGGGAUUAGAGAUUAUGUAGUUGUAUUCAACAGAAUCUAGAUCUUAAUAUUAAAAAUACAUCAAUUUUAUUCUGGAGGAGAACAAUUUUACAAGAAGAUUAUACACAGAUAAAAUUGGAAAUCAAUUAUAUUAAAAAGGUUUAGACGUUUUCGAAGAACAAAAUUUAGACUAACUCUUAAGAAUCUUUGAUAAAUAUAUUUUAAAUCAAAAUUAAUAUUCUUUAGAAUUAUCAACUGAUUAAUAUGGCUGUUUGCUUGUUAAUAAAAUUAUAGAUAUUUACCCAAAAUUGAUUGAUUCUAAUACAAAAUCAAUAGCAAAUUAAAUCAUUAUGAGAACUAUACAAAACUCAUCCUGUCUAAUAAGAAGAUAAUAUGCUAAUUACAUCAUUCAGUAAAUAUUGGAAAAAGGCUAAGAAAUUCACAAAAGGAUCCUAUUAGAUAAUUUUCUAAUCAAGGACUUUGUGUCCAUGUCGAUGGAUAAGUAUGGUAGUAAUGUGGCAGAAAAGGCAAUAGUAUAUGCUGGACAAUAAUGGAGGUAGAAAUUAUGGGAAGAAGAAGUUUCGGUUUCAGAAAGUUCAUUUCGAAAAUUGGUGAAUGAUCAGUUUGCUAAUUAUCCUAUAUAAAGGCUCUAUGAAUAUUUAUCCAUUGAAUAUAGAAAUGAAUUUAUAGCAUUACUGAACAGGUUACAUGAUAGUCAUUUUCUCAAUCAUCAUGGCUAGAUAGUAUUAAAGUUUUCUCUAUCAAAUUAUAAUGUCAAACGAUUUGCUUAAAAGGUCAAUUCGAAUGAAUCUACUAAACCUACUAAAUAAUAAGAAAAGAAUAAAUAGCUUUAAUAAAUAUAUGACUAAAAAUAAAAAUUUAGUUCAAAUUAAAUGCAAUAUCAAUAAUAUUUGUAGUAAUAACAGCUGAUGGCAUAAUAGUAUCAAUGGUUUUAAUAAUAAUAAUAAUAAUAAUAAUAAUAGUAAUAAUUUAAAUCUCCUAUUGAAUUUCAAUAAUACUAAGCAAUGCUUUUAUAAUAAAAUAUGAUGAUGUAUCAAUUGCAAUAGUAGAUGAUUUCUCCUUAAUUUUAAUAGUCAUUCUAGCAUUAAUAGUAGUAGUUUGCUUUCUAAUAAUCUUUGUAGCAUCAAGAUUAAGGAAAUUAAUAAGUACAAAACUAUUAUUAAUAAUUUUAAUGUUUUCAAUAAAUGAGUUAGAAUCAAUAAGAAUGA